AUGCCAUCCGAGAAAGGCAUAAAUCUUGACGCGUUUUUGCUUCAACUGAAACGCGAUGUUGUUGCAGCUUGCAUCGAGUUCCUUGGAACUAUGCUUUUCUUGUUGAUGGGCUUAGGGGGAAUCCAAGCUGCUGCCGUGUCCAAUCAAGCAUCUCUCAAGGCAGCUGCAACAAACACUGGAACUGCAGUUAACACUGUCGCCAGUAUUGAACAACUUUUAUAUAUUUCCACAAGUAUGGGAUUGUCUUUGUUGGCUGCUGCCUGGACUUUCUUUCGAGUCAGUGGAAGUGUUUUCAACCCUAAUGUCGCCAUUGCAUUACUUCUGACCGGCGCUCUGAAACCAAUGCGAUUUGUCCUGUAUGUAAUCGCUGAGAUUUUGGGUGCAAUCGCAGCUUCCGCUCUAUUACACGCUUGUCUACCUGGACCUCUUGCCGUGGGAUGUGCGCUAGGUGUCCAUACUACACCUUUUCAAGGAUUCCUCAUUGAGGCCUUUCUUACGUGCACGCUCACAUUGACUGUACUACUUGUCGCCGUCGAAAAGCAUAGGUCAACUCCAUUUGCACCUGUAGCUAUUGGCUUGGUUCUCUUUGCUUCUCACUUGCUUGGAGUCGUCUUCACCGGAGCCGCUAUGAACUCCGCUCGUGCCUUUGGACCUUCUGUGAUUACUGGUUUUAACAAAGAACAUUGGAUUUACUGGAUCGGCCCAUCCGUUGGUGCAGUCCUCGCGACUAUGAUCUAUGUUUUCUUAAAGAGUGUGGACUACUAUGCAUUAACACCCAAGCAAGAUUCAGAUGACAUCGACGAUUCUCCCGAUCUCGGUGGGAUUGAGGUCAAGAUGCGCCGUCGACACCACGGCCUCGAUGAAUCUACUCGAAGUAGAGAGAAGGAAGAAGAGCCAGCUCACAGAGCUCCUCAAAACCCUCUGCAUCCAUCUUUUGAAGUCUACCGAGCACAACCAGCCGAAUCCGUUCACCCUCUUCCCUAUGGGCAAGGUCCUAUGAGCCCCACAAUUUAUGCUCCUAGUCAUGUAGGUGUUCCAGUCAUGCGUCAACCCGUCCCACCAUUCAAAAACCUAGGAGCUUUGAUCGCCAUGCCAGGUGGUAUGGCAAUGGGUAUGGGUGGGGCAGGAGCGAGAGAAGCGCUGGUCAGAUCUUCUUCACCUCCCCCUCAAACUACGGAAGAGCAUGAUCUCGAACAAGGUUCCGAGGAAAGGCCAAUGUCCCCCAUUAAUAGCCCGACCACAACUCGUUACAUUUGAUGAUGAUUUCUUUCUACAUCCUAGGACAUUUGUCAUUCAUUUGCAUGGCAUAUUGUUUAAACGAGAGAAAACACAUCGAGUUUUCAAAAAAAAAAACCUCGACUUUUUUGCAUUUAUCUUAUCUUCUGAAGUUGAUUGUAUCCCUCAAUCUCAACAGUUAUGAUCCUCAUGUUGUACGGCUACCAUCUUUUCAACUAUUUACGUUUUGACGAAAUCAUGUGAAUUAUAAUUCAUGCUUUGCUUCUUGGCCUGUUAACACAUCAGUAUGCAAAGCUUUCAUAAGCCCGACCACUUUUUUCUAUACAUUUGUGAAUAUUUUGUGUGGCCUUGUAAUGAAUCAUUGGAAAUAAAGUCUUUUUUACUGCC